CGCACAGCUCGCCCAAGAGAGAAAAAGCACAACAUUAGGUCGGCAGAAAUUGUGUACGCUUGCGCCCUUGACAUGCUGCUGUCUUGCUAUUUUAAAACAGCUGCACUUGAAUGUGUUAGCCGCUGGAUGUCAACUGAGACGACUUGAAUAACAUGAAUUCUUAAUAUAUAAAUUCACACAGCAUUCCUUGUGGAGUCUAAUAAUAUGUAACUAUAUCGGCUGGCCGUGAGCACCGUACACGUCAUGUGUAGCGCGAGCCAAAUCACUUGAAGUUCGCUGGACAUUAUUUCAUUUUCUUAUCGGGCAUACUGAGACUCUGCUCUAGAUAGCUCACAAUUUUUGAGAUGAUCCAUUUCUGCAAUGGCGAGGGGUCUGUUUUCACGGGCCUGGCUGUCAAAGACUUACCACUUUCAGGCUCGCCUGUCCUAUAUUCGUGUAAAGUAUCUCUUUCUCACAUGGCUUGCUGUGUUUGUGGGCAGUUGGGUUGUGUAUGUGCAGUACUCAACUUACACUGAGCUGUGCAGAGGACGAGAAUGCAAGAGCAUCAUUUGUGAAAAAUACAGCAAAGGUAUUAUUGAUGGCUCUGCCUGUAGCAGCCUGUGUGAAGAAAGCUCACUGUACUUUGGAAGGUGUCUCUCUACCAAGCCAAAUAAUCAGGUCUAUACAGGUAGCUGGGGUGAUCAUGACGGUGUCAUCAAGUGUCAGCUGAGUGACAUAAUGCACUAUGAGCUGGGAGAGGAGCUGGAACCAAAGAAAGAGGUUGCACUCUUUGAUAAACCCACUCGAGGAACCUCUGUAGAGAAGUUCAAAGAGAUGGUUGCUAGUCAUUUGAAGGCAAAAGUUGGAGAGCAAGCCAACCUCUCCAGUUUGGUAGGCAUGAUUCUUUCAGUGGCAGACAGCAAUAAAGAUGGCCACAUCUCUCUCCCAGAAGCCAAGUCUGCAUGGGCUUUGCUGCAACUCAACGAGGUUCUGCUGGCAGUGGUGCUCCAGGACAGAGAGCACACACCUAGACUGUUGGGCUUCUGCGGGGACCUGUACGUGGUGGAGCGGGUGCCUCACACUCCUCUGUAUGGCCUCAGCCUGCCGUGGCCCAUGGAACUUUGGAUUCCUGCGGGCAUGAGGCGAAACAUGGACCAGUGGUUCACACCUUCCUGGCCCCGCAAGGCUAAAAUCUUUAUCGGCUUGCUGGAGCUUAUAGAAGACAUCUUCCACGGUACCUUUGGGAGCUUCUUAAUGUGCGACAUGAGAGCCAGUACUUUCGGUUACACCGAUCGGCAUGACCUCAGGCUGGUGGACGGGCGGCGCGUAGUAGCUGAGGAGGCCUUUAAACAGACCAUGAUUCUUCAGCGCUGUGAGGAAGACGAGGACUGCGUCUACGGUGUGGACUGUAGGACUUCGUGCGACCGCACAGAACACCGCUGCAUGGCCAAGGUGGCUCAACCCAAUCUGGCCAGGGCUUGCGGAGCACUGAAGGAUUACCUCCUACGAGGAGCUCCGGUCCAUCUACAGGAAGAGCUGGAGAAGCAGCUGUAUGCCUGCAUGGCUCUCAAAGGUUCAGCUGAGCAGAUGGAAAUGGAGCACUCGCUCAUUCUCAACAACCUCAAGACACUGCUAUGGAAACAGAUCUCACAUACCAAUGACUCCUGAAGAGAAAUAAAGAUGCAUUGGUGACAACAUUCAGAUUCUUGGAUGUCUAAUAAAGAACUUCAGGCCAUUGUGAAUCUGGCUGGAGCUUACAAUGCUGGUAGUAAAGUAGCUGGAAAAAGAGGCUGAUGACAAUAUUCAUUGCUGCUUUGAUACUUAAGUUCUUUUUCAUGACAAAAGUAGUAUCAAAACUAUGAAGAAUUACUGCUCAGGCUCAAUUUAAGAACUUAAGGAGUAACAUUCACUUCUUAGUUUCGUGUCUUUGUGCUUUGUUCUCAAACACAGUUGAUCAGUGAUCAUGUUUAUUUUAUACUUCCUUCAGAUGUUAUGAAGGAGCAAAUGACUCUUUUAACUUUGCAUCCAUUGUUGGAUGUUAACAUAGAAAGCUAAGAAAUGCACUCGCCACCAACUGUGGUUGUGUAAGUCUCGUAUUUUAAUGUUUGUCACAUGAGCACAGCAAAAAGAGCCAUAAAAGAGCCAUUUUGAAAUUGACAUAUUAAUCAAUGCCUUGAUAUGCAUGUUGCCAGUGAGUGUUUUUUUUUAGUUUGAUGCUUGUGGGUGAAAAUGUCUCAUUCUGUGUACUUGGACAAUUCUUAGAAAUGGUUAGACUAUGAUUUGAAGGUAACAUUACAAUAAGGUUAAAUAUAAAUAUAAAAAAUACUUAGAACAAAUUUAUAAUACAAUACUUUUAAAGCAUUAGUCUAUGUUAAUGUUAAUUUAUUUAUGUACAAAUACAUUUUUAGCCUCUCAAGAAUUUAAUAUCUUACAAACAUUAAUUACCUUAGAAUAAUAUUUAGAAAUUAACAUUAAUCUAGAUUAAUAAAUACUGUAAAUCAUUAAUUAGUCUGUGAUACCUAAUGCAGUAACUAAUGUUAAUGAAUUUAACCUUAUUGUGUAAAGUGUUAAGGCAAGCUCACACACUACACAAUUUUGGCUGGAUUAUUUUAGAUUAUUUUCAAACCUAUUUGAUAUUAUGAUGUGAUCUUGACACUAGUGGAACUAAUCUAGCCAUCCACUGUGUAGAUGGUAUAACUUAAAAAUCGUAUCACUUGCAUCAGUUUAUUUGAGAAAAUGUUUUUUUUUCCUCUUUUGGCCAGGACUGCCUUGACCAAUUUUUUUGUAGUUUGAGCACAUUAUGAAUAUUAUGUGGUGUGAGCUUGCCCUUACUGAUCUGAAUGCUUACAAGAGUGAGUCUUGUAAAUGACACUGGGAGGCCCUUCUCAACCAUGAUGGUUCACAACAUCUUUCUUUUAUUGCUUUGUUGGGUUCCUAUUUUGUACUCUUAAGGCAUGUCUAGUGAAAACCAUCCUGAUAUGGUAAAAAUUUAUUUUAAUCUAAAAACAAUAUGAAAUGUUUAUCAUCACAGUCAUGAUUCUUGAUGUACUUGUGAAGAGAUUAAAAGGUGCUUCUUGUUUUUUAUCAAUCAUUUUUCAGUGGUAUGUUUCAGAUUAUAUGUCGUCAGACUGCUUCAGGUUUGUGUAUUCAUAAAUCUCACUGCUGCUGCUUAAGAGUUAAAUGGAGAUUUUUUACAAGAUUUAAUUGCAUGACUUUGCACAUUAAAAAUGUUUCAAAUAAUCUCAAAUGUAUCUUCAUUGUCAAAUCCUCAUUUUCUCAUCUUCUACUAUACCAAAGACCACAAACACACUGUAUUCUUUCCAAAUUAUUUAUUUGGAAAAGGUGCACACUUUCUUUGGAGCAGCUGACACUUCUCUUUAGUCGUCUGCAGCAGCUUCCUGAGCCCGGAGGAAGCUGGCCUUUUUCUGGGCCACAC